UCUUGUCCUGCACUCAGUUCUUUCAACUUUUUUGUUGUUGAUAAUUUAGAUUUCUUUUAUCUGCAAUUCUCAAUUUCAAUCUUUGCAUGCAUAGCCUGUAAAGGAUUAACCGAUUGGAAACUGCUUUGUAUGAUUGAGAACAGAUGAAAAGAUUAUUAAUUUUAUUCUCAAGGACCCCACUCUCGCUCUGAGAGUGAAGGGCAGUAUUUGAAUCUGAAAUAGUCAACGGAGAUUUGACUGUCUGGCCCUGGACCAUUAACUGCAGCUGUUUCUCUUAUUUCAAUCUCUUAAAAGCUGCAGCCUUUCUGUUUUUGUGGUUAUGGCAAUCAUUCAAUAUCUGGGUUCCAACGAUAUAACAGUCACAGACACCGAUUGAUAUUUGAUUUAACAAUGAGCUCCGAGAGCGCAAAUGAGAACUGCCUUGGAUAUGCUGCAAGGGAUCCAUCUGGAGUUCUAUCUGAAUACAAAUUCAGCCGCAGGUGUCUUGGGAUUGAUGACAUUUCCAUAAAAAUUACCCACUGUGGAGUUUGUUAUGCUGAUGUCAUUUGGGCAAGAAACAAACAUGGAGACUCAAAGUAUCCUUUGGUGCCCGGACAUGAGAUUGCAGGUAUUGUGAAAGAGGUAGGUUCCAAUGUUCAUCGCUUCAAAGUUGGGGACCAUAUCGGAGUGGGAACUUAUGUCAACUCAUGCAGAGAUUGUGAGUAUUGUAAUGAGGGAUUUGAAGUCCAUUGUGUAAAGGGUUCAGUCUACACUUUUAAUGGUGUUGACACGGAUGGUACAAUUACAAAAGGUGGAUACUCCAGUCAUAUAGUUGUCCAUGAAAGGUACUGCUUCAAGAUACCUGACAACUAUCCAUUGGCUUCAGCAGCACCUCUGCUUUGUGCUGGAAUUACUGUUUAUGCUCCUAUGAAGCGCCACAAGAUGAAUCAACCUGGUAAAUCUCUAGGAGUGAUUGGUCUUGGUGGUCUCGGUCACAUGGCAGUGAAGUUUGGGAAGGCAUUUGGUUUACAUGUAACAGUUUUCAGCACAAGUGUAUCGAAGAAAGAGGAAGCCCUAAGCCAGCUUGGUGCAGAUAAGUUUGUGGUCUCAUCUGACCAAGAGCAGAUGACGGCCUUGGUGAAUUCAUUGGACUUUCUAAUUGAUACAGCAUCUGGUGAUCAUCCAUUUGAUCCAUAUAUGGCAUUGUUGAAGACUGGUGGAACUCUGGUCUUGGUGGGAUUCCCCAGUGAAGUCAAAUUCAGUCCUGCAAGCCUCAAUCUGGGUAUGAAAACCAUCUCUGGCAGUCUGACAGGCGGAACGAAGGAUACGCAAGAAAUGAUAAAUUUCUGUGCUGCUCAUGAAAUUCACCCAAUGAUUGAAAUAAUUCCAAUUCAAUAUGCAACGGAAGCUCUCGAGAGGCUAGUAAAAAAAGAUGUGAAAUACCGGUUUGUAAUUGAUAUUGAAAACUCCCUGAAAUGAGGCCGUAAAAGAAAAGAAGAUUUCCCUUCUUGAUACAUAUUAGUAAAUUCGUAUAUUCCAUAUUUCGAACUAAAAGCAUCUACCAGCAUUCAUUUA